UAGCCGGCACUAUGUCUCAGGGGGGCAGGGGACCCGCAGGAGUGUUCCCUCACCAGACACGAUCCUACCUGGACCCCAGCUAUGAGCAUAGCAAGUGGAUAUGUCCGCAGCCACAUGGUCCCGAGUUUCACCCUAGGAGUUUCCAGCUCCAGCAGAUAGAGUUCCUCAAAGGGCAGCUCCCGGAAGCGCCCCUGAUUGGAAAGCAGACCCUGUCACUGCCUCCAUUCCUUCCAGGACACUGGCCGAGGUUCCCAGGGCCACCUGCCGAAGGCAGGCAACUGGAAAUCUGGGGUUUCCCCAGGAGUGUGACACUCAGAAGUCAGGGGCUCCACAUAGGAUCCCCACUUCCUCCCCCACAGAGCAAGAGGCUGCCAUGGAGAGGUGCUGACCGCCUUUGCUCACACUUCCAGGAGCUGAGCAUCAGUCAGAACCCAGAGCAGAAGGUCCUCAGCCACCUGGGGCAGCUUGGUGAGGGGAAGGCCACCACUGCCCAGGUACUAGCCAGGGAGCUCAGGGCCCCGAAGAAGGACAUCAACAGAAUCUUGUACUCUCUGGAGAAAAGGGGGAAGCUACACAGAGGAGUGGGAAAACCCCCUCUGUGGAGCCUUGUACCCUCUCAUCAGGCGUGGACUCAGCCCGGAGCUAAGAAUCCACACAGUUGUAGCCAAGAAGUCCCUCAAGAAGAUCCUGGUUUGGUCAGUGAGGACGGAGACCCUGCCACUGACCUUGAAGGGCCCUCGGAGACUCUUGACAUGGCUGAGAUCAAGGAGAAAAUCUGUGACUACCUGUUCAAUGUUGCAAACUCCUCUGCCCUAAACCUGGCUAAGAACGUAGGCCUCGCCAAGGCCCGAGAUGUGAAUGCAGUGCUAAUUGACCUGGAACGGCAAGGCGAUGUCUACAGGCACGGGGCCACGCCUCCCGUCUGGCACUUGACGGACAAAAAGCGUGAGAGGCUGCAGAUGAAGAGGAGCGCACACAGUGUCCCUGCAGCUGCCCCAGCUGCUGUCCCAGAGGCCACUAGAAGCUCCUCAUUUCCCACGUGUCACUCACCCCCCUCAGGUGCCUCAAGCAGCAUGGCAACCCCCAAAAGAGUGGAGAAUGGGCAGGAAUCUGUGAUAAAGUAUGAGAGUAGGCAUGAGGCCAGACCAGGGCCAGUGCGACUCCGGCCACACACUUACCACAAUGGCCCCUCUAGAGCAGGGUAUGUGGACUCUGAAAAUGGCCAGUGGGCCACAGAUGACAUCCCAGAUAACUUGAAUAGUAUCCGUACGGCACCAGGUGAGUUCCGAGCCAUCAUGGAGAUGCCCUCCUUCUACAGCCCUGUCUUGCCACGGUGUUCACCCUACAAGAAGCUGACUGAAUGCCAGCUGAAGAACCCUGUCAGCGGCCUGUUAGAGUACGCUCAGUUCACUAGUCAGACCUGUGAUUUCAACCUGAUAGAGCAGAGUGGACCAUCCCAUGAACCUCGAUUUAAAUUCCAGGUUGUCAUCAAUGGUCGAGAGUUUCCCCCAGCUGAAGCCGGCAGCAAGAAAGUGGCCAAGCAGGAUGCAGCAAUGAAGGCCAUGGCGAUUCUGCUUCGGGAAGCCAAAGCCAAAGCCAGUGGACAACCAGAAGAGUUGUCUCAGUGUCCCAUGGAAGAGGACUCAGAGAAGUCAGCAGAGUCCCAGCCCCCCAGCUCCUCGGCAACAUCCUUACUCUCUGGGAAGAGCCCAGUUACCACACUGCUCGAGUGCAUGCACAAACUAGGGAACUCAUGUGAAUUCCGUCUCCUGUCCAAAGAAGGCCCUGCCCAUGACCCCAAGUUCCAAUACUGUGUAGCGGUAGGAGCGCAGACUUUCCCCACAGUGAGUGCCCCCAGCAAGAAAGUUGCAAAGCAGAUGGCGGCAGAGGAAGCCAUGAAGGCUCUGCAGGAGGAGGCGGCCAGUUCAGCUGAUGACCAGUCCGGAGGUGCAAACUCAGAAUCGCUUGACGACUCUGCUGUCCCCAAUAAGAUCAGGAGGAUUGGUGAGCUCGUCAGGUACCUGAACACCAACCCUGUGGGCGGCUUGUUAGAGUACGCCCGUUCCCAUGGCUUUGCUGCUGAAUUCAAGCUGAUCGACCAGUCUGGACCUCCGCACGAACCCAAGUUUGUUUACCAAGCAAAAGUCGGGGGCCGCUGGUUUCCAGCCGUGUGUGCACACAGCAAGAAGCAAGGCAAGCAAGACGCAGCGGACGCAGCCCUCCGUGUCCUGAUCGGGGAGAGCGAGAAGGCGGAGCAGUUGGGUUUCGCAGAGGUAACCCCCGUCACAGGGGCCAGUCUCAGAAGAACUAUGCUCCUCCUUUCCAGGUCCCCAGACGCACAUCCAAAGACACUUCCUCUCACCGGCAGCACCGUCCAUGACCAGAUAGCCAUGCUGAGCCACAGGUGCUUCAACGCCCUCACCAACAGCUUCCAGCCCUCCCUGCUGGGCCGCAAGAUCCUGGCCGCCAUUGUUAUGAAGAGAGAUGCUGAGGACAUGGGUAUUGUCGUCAGUCUGGGGACAGGGAAUCGCUGUGUGAAAGGGGACUCUCUCAGCCUGAAGGGAGAGACAGUCAACGACUGCCACGCAGAAAUCAUCUCCCGGAGGGGCUUCAUCAGGUUUCUCUACAGUGAGCUGAUGAAGUACAACCAGCACACCGCCAAGAACAGCAUAUUUGAGCUUGCCAGGGGAGGAGAGAAGCUCCAGAUAAAAAAGACGGUUUCUUUUCACCUCUACAUCAGCACGGCCCCAUGUGGAGAUGGUGCCCUCUUUGACAAAUCCUGCAGUGACCGCGCCGUGGAAAGCACAGACUCCCGCCAUUACCCAGUCUUUGAAAAUCCCAAGCAAGGCAAGCUUCGUACCAAGGUGGAGAAUGGGGAAGGCACAAUUCCUGUGGAGUCCAGUGACAUUGUACCCACGUGGGAUGGCAUCCGGCUUGGGGAAAGACUCCGUACUAUGUCCUGUAGUGACAAAAUUCUACGCUGGAAUGUGCUGGGCCUGCAAGGGGCGCUGUUGACUCACUUCCUGCAGCCUGUGUACCUGAAAUCUGUAACACUAGGUUACCUUUUCAGCCAAGGCCAUCUGACCCGCGCUAUUUGCUGCCGCGUGACCAGAGACGGGAAUGCAUUUGAGGACGGACUGCGCUAUCCCUUUAUUGUCAACCACCCCAAGGUUGGCCGAGUCAGUGUAUAUGAUUCCAAAAGGCAAUCCGGGAAGACCAAGGAGACCAGCGUCAACUGGUGCCUGGCCGAUGGCUAUGACCUGGAGAUCCUGGAUGGCACCCGAGGCACCGUGGAUGGGCCAGGCAAGGAGUUGUCUCGCGUGUCCAAGAAGAACAUUUUCCUUCAGUUUAAGAAGCUCUGCUCAUUCCGUGCCCGCAGAGAUUUGCUGCAGCUCUCCUAUGGUGAGGCCAAGAAAGCUGCCCGAGACUACGAUUUAGCCAAAAACUACUUCAAGAAAAGCCUGAGGGACAUGGGCUAUGGGAACUGGAUCAGCAAACCCCAGGAGGAGAAGAACUUCUAUCUCUGUCCAGUACCCAACGACUGAUAGUGGGCGUGUUUCCUGUGGGGUCAGAGGGAGGUCAUGGCAUUCCUCAUCACAUUGGGCCAGAGUUUAGGGGCUUUUGUUUUUAACCCACCCACCUCUCCUUUUUUUAAAUGGCAAAACCAUAAUAGAUGGUACCAAGAACUUUGGUUCCCGUUUAUCCUGCUUGCUUUGGGGUUUUGAGGUGGGGUCUGGCCAAGCCUUCCCCCCAUCCGUCUUUUCCCAAGGGAAGAGGCAGAGAUUAAAGGAAGAGGAAGCGCUACCAUUCCACAUGUAGCAUAUAGACAGUCCCUGGUCACCC